AUGAGCUUCUUGACAAAAUGGUUCAAUCCAACUAUCAUCAAAAAUCAAGAAAGAGCUGAAUCUUUCAAUGAUGCACAAUCGAAUUUUUCAACUAGAAACACACUUUCCAAAAAUGAAACUCAUCAUCACACUCAUGAAUACUCACACGAUGAAAUCUCCUGGGAUUCAGAGAGCCAAUUGGAACAUGUUUUCAAAGAUCCAGCUGUUGCAAAGUAUUAUAAAAAAGUUUACGAAUCAACAAAUUAUGAGUGUAAAGAAUAUUUUGAUCCUGACUAUACAUGGACUGCAAAGGAAGAGAAGAAACUGGUCUGGAAAUUAGAUUGGUAUGUUACAUUUUGGGCAUAUAUUAUGUUUACAGCUUUAGAUUUUGAUAGAUCAAAUAUCCAACAAGCAGUCUCGGAUAAUAUGUUGGAUGAUUUAGGUCUUACAACUGAACAUUAUAACAUUGGAAACACUAUCAAUUUGGUUUGUUUUUUGGCUUCUGAGUUGCCUUCACAGUUGGUUUCCAAGAAAUUAGGUGCAGAUGUUUGGAUCCCAACUCAAUUGGUUUUAUGGAGUGCUGUUUCUAUAUCACAAGCUGCUAUUACUGGUAAACAUGGGUUUUAUGCCACUAGGGCAUUGAUUGGUGCAUUUCAAGGUGGGUUUAUUUGUGAUGCUUGUUUAUGGAUGUCUUAUUUUUAUACUUCUAAAGAGUUACCAUUUAGACUAUCAUUAUUUUACAUUGCCAACCCUUUAACAUCCGUGUUUUCAGCUUUAUUAGCGUUUGCUUUACUAAGAAUCAAAACAAGCUUAUUACCACAUGGUUGGCAAUGGCUAUUCAUAAUUGAAGGUGUCUUCACAUUUAUCAUUGGUUUGGUUUCUUAUUUCAAAAUGCCUCCAUCUGCAGUUCAAACCAAAACAUGGUUUAGAAAAAAAGGAUGGUUUUCAGAUCAUGAAGAGAAAAUAGUUGUCAAUAGAGUACUGAGAGAUGACCCUUCAAAAGGUGAUAUGAACAAUAGACAGCCUGUGAGUCCAAAAGAGCUGCUAAAGACUUUGUGUGACUUCGAUUUACUACCUAUUUAUUUUGUUCGUAUAUUGGCUGAUAUUGGUACAAGUCCUGUUUCAACUUAUAUGACAUUAACAUUGAAAAAAAUGGGAUUCUCCACAUUCAAUACUAACUUGUUAACAAUUCCAUAUAAUAUUUUAUCAAUCAUUACUAUGCUUCUACUGGGUUACUUUUCAGAGAUUUUCAAAUCAAGAGCAUUGAUGAUUGCAACUACACCUAUUUGGAUAUUGACAUUAUUAUUUCCUUUAAGGUUUUGGCCGGGUUCUCAAAAACAAAUAUGGCCUACUUAUGCUAUUUUAACACUAUUGUUGGGACAUUCCCCAGUAUGGCCAUUAACCAUCAGUUGGUGUUCAGCAAACUCAAACUCGGUUCGUACAAGGGCUGUCAGUGCCGCUGUUGUUAAUAUUUUUUCACAAGCUGGGAGUAUCAUUAGUGCUAAUAUUUAUAGACCAGAUGAUAAACCUGCUUAUAAAAGAGGUAAUACUGACUUGAUUGGUGUUGCAUUUGGUGCACUAGCUAUGUGUAUUGUGGCUAGACAGUAUUACGUCUUGAGAAAUAGAUAUAAAGAAAAGAAAUGGAAUAGUUUCUCUGAGCAAGAAAAAUUAAAAUAUAUAGAGGAAACCACAGAUGAAGGUAAUAAGCGUUUGGAUUUUAGAUUUUCUUACUAG